AUGUUUAGGCGCAUUCCCACGGCCGGGGCCAGUCUCCGGCAGGGCUCAAGGGAUGCCUUUACAUACGGAUUUACAGGAACCAGAGGCAGUGGGAGAUGCCAAUCAGUCCUACGGCGCAAUUUCUCAUCAUCCAAACAUUGGAGAGGCCAGGAGUCCGGAAAAGAUGAAAAGGAGUCGUUCGGAUCACGGCUGGGAGCUGCACUCCGCAAGACCAAGAUCGAAUGGUACCCUAUUCCCGUCGGCCUUGGGGUUGCAUUUCUCGGGCUUGCGCAGUUCUAUAAGUCCAGCCAGGCCGAGAAACAGAAGAUGUUAAUGGAGACGGAGCGCGGGGAGCGGCCUCAGGAGGUUGUUCCGCGGCAGCGAGUUCGUCCUACGGGUCCAUGGCAGGUCCAGGUCAUGUCUACACUGCCAUUGAAGCUAGUUUCUCGCAUAUGGGGCCGGUUUAACGAACUUGUACUGCCGUAUCCCCUUCGAGUACCGGGAUUUAAGCUGUAUUCCUGGAUAUUCGGAGUGAAUCUGGACGAAGUUGAAGAGUCUGAUCUUCAUGUAUACCCAAACUUAGCGUCAUUUUUUUACCGGAGGUUAAAGCCAGGCGUUCGACCUUUGGAUCCCAACCCAUCCGCACUCCUCUCACCUUCUGACGGACGGAUCCUUCAGUUUGGAAUGAUUGAGCGUGGGGAGGUCGAGCAGGUCAAAGGGAUGACAUACAGCCUGGAGGCGCUACUGGGUCUGGGGACUGUGAGCCCAGACUCGGAACCCGUCCACCCAACUACUCGACCCAUGCAUAAAGUCGACGACGACACCGACCCCGAGAAUGUAGCUGCAGACCAAGAGUUUGCUAAAAUGAACGGGCUGAGCUAUACACUGCCUACUCUUCUCUCUGGAUCCACAAAACAUGACGUCAGCAAGGACGGAUCAAUGGAUGCAUCGAUGGAAUCCAGCUCGACUUCUGAAGAGAAAGUGAAGGCAGAUCUGGCAAAGGGAGAGCCGGCCUGGUAUUCGCCGAGACCAACCUCCAACCGAGCACUGUACUAUGUCGUGAUAUACCUCGCGCCAGGAGACUACCAUAGAUUCCACUCACCAGCUUCUUGGGUCGUCGAAAGCCGGCGCCAUUUCGCAGGAGAACUAUAUUCAGUAUCCCCAUACCUUCAGCGCACUUUAGCGGGUCUUUUCACUCUCAACGAACGAGUCGUGCUAUUGGGCCGCUGGCGUUGGGGGUUUUUCAGCUUUACCCCCGUUGGCGCAACCAACGUCGGGUCAAUUAAGAUUAACUUUGACGCCGAACUUCGUACCAACAGCCUUACAACCGACACUGCCGCUGAUCGACAGGCAGCGCUUGCAGCCCAACGAGGCGAGCCCUACUCCGGCUACACUGAAGCAACGUACGGACACGCAAGUAAGACGCUCCGUGGCCAUGCCUUACAGCGAGGAGAGGAGAUGGGCGGCUUCCAGCUCGGUAGCUCGAUAGUCCUAGUGUUCGAAGCUCCGAUGGGCAGCCGUCAGAGCUUCGACGUUUCAUGGACUGGUGAGCGGGAAGGCGGGUGGCAGUGGCAUAUCAAAAAGGGGCAGCGGAUAAAGUACGGUGAGGCACUGGGUGAGGUUGUUUAA